AGGUCAGGUCAUGGUCUGGUUGCAUGUAUAAAACCCUUGAAGGGAAAGAUAACUGCACCAUCUGUAUAGAAGGCUCCUAGGAAGCUGUGCAACAGGUCCCAUCUGUACAGAAGAUUCUGAGGUACCUUUGCUAUAGGUCUGUGCUCACCAUGCAGUCUGCAGAAAUACCUUUUCAGAAGAACUGUCUCGGGUCUGCCAUGGGCCGGUGCCUCUCUGCUAUUCAUAAUAUGGAACAGCUGGUCAUGUUGCCAAGCCUGCUUAGAGACAUCCCCAUUGAGGAAUGUGAGAGAAGUUCCACAGAUUUGAACUCCAAAGAUCUAUAUGAAUACUAUGUUGCUCUGAAAUCCAUUCGAAAUAUUGCAGUAAGUGGACUGGUAUCUGUAGAUGAAAAUAAGACAAACAACAGCGUGGAAAACAUAGUGCAGACCAACAGUUUAGAUCUUGACGUCCUGUUCCUCUUUCACCUUAAAGGGCUGCACAGUGUUCUCAACUCACUAACAAAGAAUGCCAACACACUGACAAAAAAAUACAAAGAAAUCAUUGGACUGAGACAUUAAACAGCCUGAGGUGGAAGCAAUAUCAGGACAGUAACCGUGAAAUCAUGCUUACAGGAGAACACGGCAUGAAUUUCUAGAUUUGAAAAUAGACUAUUUAUGUAAGCAUAUUUAUAAAUGAAAUUAACCUGCAAGACAUUGGUUGCUGUCAACUAAAAUGUACUCUGUAGAUUAAUCAGUUUUUUACUUCAAACCAUAUUGUGUAACUUGCUGUUAAUUUGAGCAAAUCAUCAGCUCCUCAGAAUUCAGUGGAAGUUUAAUGGUUCUGCAACUUAUGAUGAGAUAAUGCUUUCAUUUUUUUAAACUGCAUAGCAUGUUGUAACCAUGGAUAUUAAAUAAUAAAAGUUAAAUGAAUUGUUUGUAGACAAA